GCUCAGAGUCAGGAAAGGGUGGGAUGCAGCUCACUGAUGCCAGAGCACAUGUAAUCUGCCAGCCAGAGUGGCUUUUGCUGGCUGCCUCUUGUGGCCCAUCCCAGAGAGGACAGCCGGCCUGUGAGGAGUGACAGAGCAGGAUGUCUCCUGGGGUGGACUGCCCCAUGGAAUUCUGGACCAAGGAGGAGAAUCAGAGCGUGGUGGUGGACUUCCUGCUGCCCACCGGGGUCUACCUGAACUUCCCAGUGUCCCGCAAUGCCAACCUCAGCACCAUCAAGCAGGUGCUGUGGCACCACGCCCAGUAUGAGCCGUUCUUCCACAUGCUCAGCGACCCCGAGGCCUACGUGUUCACCUGCGUCAACCAGACGGCCGAGCAGCAGGAGCUGGAGGACGAGCAGCGGCGGCUGUGCGACGUGCAGCCCUUUCUGCCGGUGCUGCGCCUGGUGGCGCGGGAGGGCGACCGUGUGAAGAAGCUCAUCAACUCGCAGAUCAGCCUGCUCAUCGGCAAAGGCCUCCACGAGUUUGACUCCCUGCGGGACCCAGAGGUGAACGACUUCCGGGUGAAGAUGCGCCAGUUCUGCGAGGAGGCGGCGGUGCACCGCCAGCAGCUGGGCUGGGAGGCCUGGCUGCAGUACAGCUUCCCCCUGCAGCUGGAGCCCUCGUCCAGGAGCUGGGGGGCUGGAUCCCCAAGGACCCCCAACCGGACCCUGCUGGUUAAUGUCAAGUUCGAGGGCAGUGAGGAAAGCUUCACCUUCCAGGUGUCCAGCAAAGACAAGCCGGUGACGCUGAUGGCCUGUGCGCUCCGGAAGAAGGCCACGGUGUUCCGACAGCGCCUGGCGGAGCGGCCCGAGGACUACGCGCUGCGGGUGAACGGGAAGCACGAGUACCUCUACGGCAGCUACGCCCUCUGCCAGUUCCAGUACAUCUGCAGCUGCCUGCACAGUGGACGGACCCCCCACCUGACCAUGGUCCACUCCUCCACCAUCCUCGCCAUGCGGGAUGAGCAAAGCAACCCCACCCCCCAGGUUCAGAAACCACGCACCAAGCCGCCCCCCAUUCCCGCGAAGAAGCCUUCCUCGGUGUCGCUGUGGUCUCUGGAGCAGGCGUUCUGCGUGGAGCUGGUCCAGGGCAGCAAAGUGAAUGCGGACGAGAGGAUGAAGCUGGUGGUUCAGGCGGGGCUCUUCCACGGCAACGAGAUGUUGUGCAAAACGGUGUCGAGCUCGGAGGUGAGCGUGUGCUCGGAGCCCGUGUGGCAGCAGCGGCUGGAGUUUGACAUCAGCGUGUGUGACCUGCCCCGCAUGGCCCGCCUCUGCUUCGCGCUCUACGCCGUGGUGGAGAAGACCAAGAAGGCUCGCUCCACCAAGAAGAAGUCCAAGAAGGCGGACUGCCCCAUUGCCUGGGCCAACCUCAUGCUGUUUGACUACAAGAACCAGCUGAAGACGGGCGAGCACUGUCUCUACAUGUGGCCGUCUGUCCCAGAUGAGAAAGGAGAGCUGCUCAACCCCGUGGGCACCGUGCGCAGCAACCCCAACACCGAGAGCGCGGCCACGCUGCUCAUCUGCUUGCCCGAGGUGUCGCCCCACCCUGUGCACUACCCUGCCCUGGAGAAGAUCCUGGAGCUGGGACGUCCUGGGGAGCGGAUGCGUGCCACCGAGGAGGAGCAGCUGCAGCUGCGGGAAAUCCUGGAGCGCCGGGGGUCCGGGGAGCUGUACGAGCAUGAGAAAGACCUGGUGUGGAAACUGAGGCACGAAGUCCUGGAGCGCUUCCCGGAGGCGCUGGCCCGCCUGCUGCUGGUCACCAAGUGGAACAAACAUGAAGACGUGGCCCAGAUGCUGUACCUGCUGUGUUCUUGGCCCGAGCUGCCCGUCCUGAGCGCCCUGGAGCUGCUGGACUUCAGCUUCCCCGACUGCCACGUGGGCUCCUUUGCCAUCAAGUCCCUCCGGAAACUCACGGAUGACGAGCUUUCCCACUACCUGCUGCAGCUGGUACAGGUGCUCAAGUAUGAGUCCUACCUAGACUGCGAACUCACCAAAUUCCUGCUAGACCGGGCCCUGUCCAACCGCAAGAUCGGCCACUUCCUCUUCUGGCACCUUCGCUCUGAGAUGCACGUGCCAUCGGUGGCCCUGCGCUUCGGCCUCAUCAUGGAGGCCUACUGCAGGGGCUGCACCCACCACAUGAAGGUGCUGAUGAAACAGGGGGAAGCACUGAGCAAGCUGAAGGCGCUUAAUGACUUUGUGAAGGUGAGCUCGCAGAAGACCACCAAGCCCCAGACCAAGGAACUGAUGCACCUGUGCAUGCGCCAGGACGCCUACAUGGAGGCCCUCUCCCACCUGCAGUCCCCGCUGGACCCCAGCACCCUGCUGGAGGAAGUCUGUGUGGAGCAGUGCACCUUCAUGGACUCCAAGAUGAAGCCCCUGUGGAUCAUGUACAGCAACGAGGAGGCGGGCAGCGCGGGCAACGUGGGCAUCAUCUUUAAGAAUGGGGAUGACCUCCGCCAGGACAUGCUGACCCUGCAGAUGAUCCAGCUCAUGGAUGUCCUGUGGAAGCAGGAGGGCCUGGACCUGAGGAUGACUCCCUAUGGCUGCCUCCCCACCGGCGACCGCACUGGCCUCAUCGAGGUAGUGCUCCACUCGGACACCAUAGCCAACAUCCAGCUGAACAAAAGCAAUAUGGCAGCCACGGCUGCCUUCAACAAGGAUGCCCUGCUCAACUGGCUCAAGUCCAAGAACCCUGGGGAGGCCCUGGAUCGAGCCAUCGAGGAGUUCACCCUCUCCUGUGCUGGCUACUGCGUGGCCACCUACGUGUUGGGCAUCGGUGACCGGCACAGUGACAACAUCAUGAUCCGAGAGAGCGGGCAGUUGUUCCACAUAGAUUUUGGCCACUUUCUGGGGAAUUUCAAGACCAAGUUUGGAAUCAACCGCGAGCGAGUGCCGUUCAUCCUCACCUAUGACUUUGUCCACGUGAUUCAGCAGGGGAGAACGAACAACAGUGAGAAAUUUGAAAGGUUCCGGGGCUACUGUGAAAAAGCCUACACCAUCCUGCGGCGCCACGGGCUCCUCUUCCUCCACCUCUUCGCUCUGAUGCGGGCGGCAGGCCUGCCUGAGCUCAGCUGCUCCAAAGACAUCCAGUAUCUCAAGGACUCUCUGGCCCUGGGGAAAACGGAAGAAGAGGCACUGAAGCACUUCCGGGUGAAGUUCAACGAAGCGCUGCGGGAGAGCUGGAAGACCAAAGUGAACUGGAUGGCGCACAACGUGUCCAAAGAUAACAGGCAAUAGCGGCCCCAUCCCGGCCGCCGCACGCUGGGCCUCUCUAGCUCUGGACUUGAGAGAGGAACCCCAGUCAUCUAAAAGGGGCCUAAAAGCCCGAAUUGCACCUCAUAGGAAAGAACCUCACAACUGCCUUUUGUUUACACUGGUUAUUUAUUUGACUCCAAAUGUUUAAGGAACAAACAGCCAUAAACGGACACGCACCCUGUGCAGGGAAGGGGCACUGCCUCCACCUUCAAGCGGGGCAGUGAGUUGGGCGCUUCAAGAUGUACCUUCCUCUCAGAUGAGGACGGUCACCCCAUGUCUUCCAGAUCUUAGCCUGGCCAUGAUCGCUCUUCCUGGGAGAAGCCUUCCCAGGCUCCCAGCGGACAGCCUGGACCUGGGCGCUCGCACGGUACCUCCCAUCCCGACAGGACACCGCAUCUGCAGUCACCUUUGUGUGGCCCACUCAGUGUCCCCCACUGACCAAGCAGCUCCCAAGGAAGCGGGGUGCCCUCUAGACUCAGGGACACCUGCUCUUCACAGCAGAAAUGACAUGAUUCUCGGAUAUGGGGAUGCCCCCCUCUUCUUUAUUUGCGGGUAAGGAAACAGCCAAACUUCUCGCGGAACCUCUGCAGCCGGGGACAAUGAAGCUCCCACCAAGUGUAAUAAUACAUGCCAGCCCUUCCAACAAGCCUGGAGGUGGAUUUCGCUUACCUGGUCACAAACCAAAGUGAAUGGAAGCCACAGUGGAGUCCUUUGUGCGAUCGCUGCUGGGCAAUGGCCUCUCGGGCAGGCUUUAGUGAGGGGCUGGACAGAACCGGAUCUCUCUACACUAUUUACAACCUUUUGAGAACCUUUAAGGAACAAACAGCCAUAAAUAGAAAGGCAUGCUUGUGCAGGGCAGGGACACUGUCCUGUGUCCCCAGUCAGAGCACUGAGAAGUGAGCCACCGCAGACUGCACCGGAGGCCUUGCUGGGCGUCAUCAGAUAGCAGGAGGGUGGCCUGAGGGUGAGUGGAAUCAUUUCCGCUCAAAGUGCUCAGUUCAACACAGCUUAGGGCUAGCUUUGGGCUUCCCAAAGGGCUGGAUCACAGCUACCUUACAAGGUCAGAUGCUGGGCUUCUCAAUCUUCCAAAAUGCACUCUUGUUGACAGGCCCUGAACCUAGGAUCCAAAAAGCCCAGAGUGGGCUGAGAACACAGUUCACCAGUCCAAAGCAUGCUUAACAGGCACGAGGCCUUGGGUUCCAUCCCAGUGCUACUACCGACAAAACACAUGGGUCGGUGGGGCUCCUGGUGCACUGGCAGCUGACUCAGGACCUGCUGGCUUACUGCUGGGCUCAGCACCUGCCCUUUGGCGCAGGCGCACAGCUUGAGCCCAGGGCCAGCUCCAUUUUGAUGAGCCAGGGAUCCAGCAGAGUACCAGCAGGUAUCACUGCAGAGUACCUGCUUUGUCCACAGCGGCCAUACUUGGAUCCACAACUCAGUGCUGCAUCUCCCCAGAACACCUCACUUGCUUUGAGACAGGAAAAGCCUCGUGUACGUGUACGUGUUAUUUAUUCAAGUUUGGGUGCUCCCUGAUGCGGCCUGCAGAUUCUGCACACCCCUGGCAUUUCUGGGUUGGGUGUGCAGUCUGUGCGCCUGGUGAGAAGAAUAUUUUCUAUUUUUUUAAGUCAUGUCAUGUCAUGUUUCUGUAUGGGGAAGGCAAGUUCUGUAUCGAUGCUGUGGGCUGAAAUGGGCCUGUAAAACCUCGAAUGUGGUAAAGCAGGUGAAAAAUAAAAGUCUUUUAUGUUCUUA